GAUAAAGUUUGUAGGAAUUUAGUAGUGGUUUAUAUCCCUGUUGCUUCUCUCCUCUCUCACUUUACCGCAAGGGCCACCACAAAAUCCUCCUCCGAUCGCUUCAAACCCUUUCUCCUCCCUCAGUUGUCUGCAAACAAGCUGGUUGGGGAUUUUGUUUGCCGGCGCAUUAAUAGUAAAGACACGAACAGGCAACGAACUGUAAAGGAAAUGAGUUGGUCAUCGAGUGAUAAUUUUUUUGUGAACUCAAAGUUAGAGGUCUUCUCGGUCGACCUCUUUUCUGAACCAUUAGAAUUGACACAGAGCAAAGUUGUUGUCUACGAUGGGCCAAAGGGUGAUGAUUUCAAGAGGUUCUUACGUUCUUGGAACUUCCGAGUAAACCGUCAAGGAAAGGCUAUUGUUCGAGUCCAAAAGCGCGACGAUGACUUUGAGUUCGUUGAAUGUCAAUAUGAUUCCUUCGUUCUAGAAAAGGUGGUACCGUUGGGCCCUUUUGGUUUCCCAAACAUACCAUUAUCCAAGCCACAAGUGGUGAACGAAUUACGAAGCCUCCUAGACACUAGUAAGGCUGAAUUGGCAAAGAAGAAUGAUUCGUUUAACGAAUUGCAAAGCCUUCUUGACAAUACCAAGGCUGAAUUGGCAAAGAAGAAUGAUGCAUUUGAACAGUUUCGACUUACCAUUGUAGCGAUCACAAACUCAAUGAAGAAAGUGUUUGUCGACUUUGAUCUUGAACCACCAGCAAGUGGAGAUCCAGAAUCUGUGCUAAGAUUUGUCGAGAUGUUGCAUGAUCUGAUCCUUGACAAAGAAUUUGGUCCCACUUACUUAGUAGCAGCAAACAAGAUACUGGCCUCAAUUGCAAGCAUGUUUGAGAAACGCACUGGUGUAAGUAUUGGCAUGGAAACAAUGAAUAGUACUCUGAUUACUCCAGCCUGUCUCAUUGAGACUCUAAGUACCUUAAGAAGCUUUAUGGUGGACUCUCACUUCUUUAUUGAUGUCAGCGUUCUAGUGAGGGAUUUCCGUCUGAUGAACGAGGACGACCUCCCAAUUAUCUUUCGGGAUUCUGCAGCAAAUGUGGCUGAGCUCUAGCAGAAGAAAAAAGGUACGGAAUCAAUAGAUAACAUCGACAAUAAGAACAUCUUCUAUGGGUAUUUCAACAUUCCAAUAGUGGGGAUGUUCAAGGGUGUUUUGACAAGAGUUCAUGUGAACCUACCGGAUGAGAUCAUGGUGAAACUUCAAGUAGGUAAACAUAACCUUAAUAGUAAUAGAUUUUGGUUUGUCUAUGCCAACGGGUCAUGUGUAUUUCAAAAGGAGUUUGAUGAAUUGACGGACAAUAAUCUACCAGUUGUCAAAUUUUCCCCUUCUCGGGUCUUAGGUGACCGGGCCAACUUCUUUGAGUUUCUCUGUAGGAUGAAUCGAACCUUUGUUAAUGAGAAGGGAAUAUAUCUCAAGUUUGACUUUCUUGCUGCCAAGUUUUCAGGACAGGAUUUUCGUGAUAGUAUGGUUCGCUAUUAUAAUAAGGAUGGUGGAAUGUAUGGUAUUUUUAAGUUGGUGCAAUAUGAUGUGAAUACACCUACGACAGAUAUCUUAUGGCGAGAAGCUUAUAUACCUAGGUCAGCCUCGUCAAUUGGGAAGAGAUAUCGGCCCUCCUGGAUUGUGAAUGAAGCUCUGGGCAAAGAUUGUGCCUUCACAUUCAAUGACUUCUGUUUUAUGGGAAAAAUAACGAAAGCCUCUGGUACUUUCCGUGAGAACGCUCUGGUCGACGUAUUCUUCGAACAAAACCAAUAUGGGGAGAACUGUUAUGUUGAUGCUCUAGCAACAACUUUCUUUGUUUUAAAAACAGAGAAAGGAAUAUCAUGGAGUAGCAUUGAAGGAUCAAAGGCACCGAAAUUUAUUUAGAAGGGCCUAUAGUUUAUUUUAUGUUUUAUUUUGAGGCUAGCUUGAAUUGACUGGUUGCUUGCUACUAUUAUUGUAUUGUAUUCUCUCUUCCUAGGAGGUAUGACCAGUUUGAUUGUGGCAUUGUGCUUUAUUGGGUUUGUAUAUGUAGCGGUUAUUAAUUUUUGUUAUUGUUUAUUGCCUUGUUAAGUAAAAGAGUAAACUACACUCCGUUCA